AUUUGAUUAAGGCGCAUAUGAGUUUUGAUCAUACAGAUGUUCGGUAUACAAUAUAAGAUUGUACGUUACAAUAACACACUUCAAGAUGGCAAGCAAUGUGAAUUCAGAACUUGAAUCGGAUACAAGAGGAGGCAUUUCAUGGACAACUUUUAAGAGGUCACCAGGUGAAUCUAAAAAUGGUUAUUUUCUAUGUAGAAACUGUGGAUUCGAGAUUAUCCAUGUAACAAAGAUAGAAAAGGAAAUCCGAUUUAUAUUGCAUGGUGAAUACAUUAGAGCAUUGGAUCAAGGAAACGCUAAACUGGGAAAUAAAGUAGAAAGACUCGACACAUUCAUGAAAGACGACUUGAAGUGCAAAAAAUGUGAAAAGACAGUUGGGUUUUCUAUUGAAUUUGUUGAAAGAGACACAGCAAACGUGACUUUCAUGUUUCUUCUUAAAAGAAAGGAACUUGUUUACGAAAAUGAUUCACUGUCAUGUAAAAACUGUAGAUGCGCUGUUGAUAAAGGAGAUUCUUCAAUUGAUUCGGUUUAUCCUUUGCGUUUUGUAUCUGGUAAAAUAUUGUUGAAACCAAUACAGAAUGAAAAUGGGACAUUUUAUGAUGUUAAAGCCUGUUCGGAUGUUUGUCUCGAAUAUUAUCGGGAUGUUCACGGCGACGAAAAGAUGUUUCUGUUAGUGUGUGUUCAAUGCAUUGCUCCCAUAGGAUUGAAAAUUGUUUCAACAGACGAAAAAGAAAAGUCAUUUGUUGGAUAUAUUCCGGACAAUUUGAAUCAUGACUAUGCAGUUGAGGAAAUCAAAGACCGAUGUGCAUUUAUUCAGCUUAAGAAUGAACAUAAAGAUGACAUGGCAAUCAGCUCCAUUGAUAGUGCCACAUCAACACCUUUCAAACAAGAUGAACUUUAUUUACUAGAUAACAUUAGCACAGUUGAUAGUGCAACACCACCAGCUUCAACAUCACAUUCCCAAAGAGAAGUCUCAGAAUUUGAAAAUAGAACAAUUGCAUUUGGAUAUAACAAUAUAUCAACCACUAUAUGA